ACCACUGACAGGAAACCUGACGGAUACACUGAGAGUUUUUAACCAGUUGUAUGUUUAACAGUCAACCUCAACGAUGAAUGUCUAUCUUCUGAUCUCUGUCACAAUUCUGCUAGGUUUAUGUUCCUGCGAGCCGGUCUUUGAUAUCACGGAUCCAGCGUUCAUUGAGGAAUGUGUGAGAGAACACAACAAGCACCGCUCCAACGUGAACCCCACGGCCGCAAACAUGCGCUACAUGACGUGGGAUGAAGGCCUGGCGGUGACGGCGCGGGCCUGGGCCAGAUUCUGUGUCUUUAAACAUAACAUUUACCUCAGAGAGGUGAGAAGAGUACAUCCCACAUUCACAUCUGUGGGAGAAAACAUCUGGGCAGGAACGGCAUAUUCCUCAUUCAAACCUGAAUCUGCAGUGAAGUUGUGGAAGGACGAGGACAAAGAUUACAAUUACUAUACAAACCAGUGCACAAAAGUAUGCGGCCACUACACACAGAUUGUCUGGGCAGAUUCGUACAAGGUUGGUUGCGCCGCACAAGUGUGUCCCAAUGGUGUGGCUGAAACAUCCUUCUCAUCACAGCCUGGAAUUAUUUUUGUGUGCAAUUAUGCGACAGCAGGAAAUUAUCGAGGUGAAUCUCCAUAUAAAAGAGGCGGCUCAUGCACCAGCUGCAAACAAGAGACGUGUAUAGAAAACCUCUGUCAAAACUCCACUCGAGAUGCACUGCAGAGUUAUAACUGGACUCCAGACUGGGACCCAGCGCUGUCCACCUGCGGCUCAUUCUGUCUGGCGGUUGUGAUUAUCAGACUCAUAUCAGUCCCGCUCAUGUUUGCCUGCGUUUACAUCCUACAGCACCGUUAUAGUCUGUUUGUGUACGAGUAAACCGUCUGGACUCACGGAAGCCACGAAUCCACUGGACAGAGAGGAACAUUAAUGCUCUGACAAACAUUCAAUGCAAAGAAUAAUACAUGAUAAGGAAUAAGAUGCCUACUGAUUGUAUAAUAAAUGUGUUUAAUAACUCCACAUGUGUAAUUUAAUUUUUGGAUGCUUAGUUCAAAUACAAAUAUAUAUAUACAUUAUCAGAUAUUUCCAUGUUAUCUUUUUCAAUAAAAUGUUGACUAAAUAUUUAUACGUUUUGUUUUUGUGAAUAUUUUUUUUUAUUGUGACAUUUUGAUUACAAUUGAGCACUGUAACAAAUCAUAUCUAUGUUAUAUAAACAAUUUAAUUACA